UUCUGUUAUGCAUAACAUAGCUCUCUGUAACUUUUUAGUUGUUUACCUCGAUUAGUUUUUAUUUAUUAAUUUAAAAUGGCAGCUUUGCUGCUUUUGCGCGCCUGCAGAAGGCCAGCAAUAGCUGGCGCCUAUAACUACACCUACCCAGGAACAGCGACUGCCAACCACCGCCAGGCGUCCACAGAAGCGGCGGCCACUGCAAGUGAACAAUUGGCAAAUGCCGGUGGUUUGGUGGGCUUCUGGCAGACUUUGUCCAAUAGCACGCCGGUGGCCCACAUGCAGGAUGUCCUCAUCAAGAUCCACGACUACAGCGGCCUGCCCUGGUGGGCAUCCAUUGUGCUGUCCACAUUCCUCUUCCGCAGCGUCGUCACCCUGCCACUGACCAUUUACCAGCACAAGAUCACCGCCAGGAUCGAGAAAAUAGCCCUGGAGAUGCCCGCCAUAGUAGAGGAGCUGAAAAAAGAGGCGGCCAUGGCCAAGCAGAAGUUCAAGUGGAGCGACCAGCAGACGCAGAUCGUUUACCGGCGUUCGAUCAAGAAGCAGUGGCAGAACCUGAUAGUCCGGGACAACUGCCAUCCCAUGAAGACCAUGAUUGUGCUCUGGGGUCAGAUUCCCCUGUGGAUCUUCCAGUCGGUUGCUCUCCGCAAUUUAGUGUACAUGCUGCCGGAUCCCCUGUCCAUUCAGGCUCAAAUCGUGACCACCGAAAUGACCAUUGGCGGUUUUGGUUGGAUACCCAACCUCACAGUGGUGGAUAGCUCCUACAUCCUGCCCGUAACGCUGGGACUCAUCAAUUUGGCCAUCAUCGAGGUGCAGGCCAUGUCCCGGACGCGUCCUCCCACUCGUUUGCAGGGCAUAGCCAACAAUGUGUUCCGCGGCCUAAGUGUUGUGAUGGUGCCAGUUGCCUGCACCGUUCCCUCAGCCUUAUGUGUUUACUGGGUAGCGUCCAGCAGCUUUGGCCUUGCUCAAAAUCUGCUCAUGCUCUCACCGGAAAUCCGACGAUCUGUGGGAAUUCCCAAAACGCAAACGGAACUCAGCCAGCCGUACGAUUUGCUCUGGCUGAAAAUACAGCAGAGGCUAAGACUCGUCGAAAGGCCACCGGCUGAUAAGCCGGCAGCCAAAUGAUCUAGUCCCCUAGUCAUAGCCACCUAGUCUAAUUUAGGUAAGACGUUGAGUUUGUUUUACUGUUUUGUAUAAAUAUAUACAUAGACAAGCCCUAAAUGCGACUGCGCCACUGUAAAUCAUCAUCAUCAUCAUCCUAAGGCUGCAUCAUCUCAAUUCACAAGAAACAAAUAAACGAGUGAAAAUCCCCAAAAGAGAAGAUAAGGCAGCGAGAAAGGUC